UCAGCUUGCACAACACUCUCAAACCUGGGUGCUAAUAAGAUGCUGCUGCUUCUCUGCAACACCCUUCUGAUCAUUCUGGCUGAGCAGCUGCCCUGCAGGGCACAGAACCAGGGGCAGGUGUCGGCCCCAGGGGCCGGUAUGCCCGGUACGCCCGUAGCCGAGCGCAAGCAGUACUGCCGCUGGCCCUGCCGGUGCCCCUCCAGACCCGUCUGCGCGCCGGGCGUCAGCAUGGUGCUGGACGGCUGCGGCUGCUGCAAGGCCUGCGCCCGGCAGAUCGGCCAGGCCUGCAACGAGAAGGACGUCUGCGACCCCCACAAGGGCAUGUACUGCGACUUCUCGGCCGACCGGCCGCGCUUUGAGGUCGGGGUCUGCGCCUACAUGAUGGGUGUAGGGUGUGAGCUGAACGGGGCCUUCUACGACAACGGCCAGGCCUUCCAGCCCAGCCCGCUGUACAAAUGCACGUGCAUCGCUGGCACCAUCGGCUGCAUGCCGGCGUUCGUCCAGAAGCCUGCCGGGCUGCUCGGCCCCGCCCCUCUCCGCGCAGCAGGGCCGCCGGGCUCCCUCCGAAGCGCCGGGUCCGCCAAAAAGCACCAGCAGGACACGACCUACCAGGCCAUGCCAGCUUACAGGGAUCGUCCUUUAGCCUGGAAGAAGAACUGCCUGGUCCAGACCACGCCCUGGAGCCCUUGCUCUCGCACCUGCGGCCUGGGCAUCUCCGUCCGCGUCAACAACGACAACGGGAAGUGCGAGAUGAGGAAGGACCGGCGGCUCUGCCUUCUCAGGCCGUGUGAGAAGAGCGUCAUCAGGAGCGUGAAGAUACCGAAGGGGAAGACCUGUCGGCCCAAGUUCCAGGCCAAGAAGGCGGAGAAGCUGACCCUGUCCGGCUGCUCCAGCAAGCAGGCCUACCGGCCCAUGUACUGCGGCGUCUGCAGCGACAAGCGCUGCUGCGUGCCCAACAAGUCGCGCAUGGUGUCCGUGGACUUCAGCUGCGGGAAGGGCGGCAGCGUCCGGUGGAAGAUGCAGUGGAUCACCUCCUGCGUGUGCCAGAAGAAAUGCAACGACCCCGGGGACAUGUUCUCCGAGCUCCGGUUCCUCUAGGCCUCGGCAACCCAACUUCAACGAUUUCCCCUUCCCCAAAAACAGACAAACAUAUCAGGGUUAGGCUAAUCUGUGGGGUUUCUGAAAGCUAUAGGGCAAUGCUUCUUCAGCCCUGGUCCCGAAGAACCACAGGCUGCUGGUUUUUGUUUUCACCUUAAAAUACGUAACCAAUUCAGACCCAAAAAACCGGGUAAGGUAAGUUAACCGUGGAAUCGACUGCUUCCAUUGGUCAGUCAACGGCUGGGUGGCGAAGAAGAUACUGUGGCUCUCCAGGACUAGGGUUGAGGACUUCUGUUCGACACAAUAAAAAAUAUGGGAUGGACUUGGAGCUGAACUGACCAUGACAAUAAUGCAAUUUUUUUUUGAAAGGGCAUUCAGUGCUUGAAAUAGGAUAAACCCAGUUUGCAUGCUCAUAAAAGAUCAUUUUCAGGGAAAAUGAAACAAAAGUUUGAAACAACAGUCUCCUUGAUUAGAUAGAACGCAUCUUGUAGUAUAAAAUUUCAUGAGGCAGAUGAGAUUGCUUUAGACAGACACCCCUUUUGCCAGUAUAAAUGGCAGAGAUAUUUCGAACCAAUUCAAAAUGUUAGACACCGACACACAAAAGUUAAAUCUGUAGUACUCAAUGAGCAUGGCUAUGAACAUAGCCAAUUCCUUUUUCUGUAGACUUAAAAAAAGGAAAAGAAUGAAUUUAUGAUAUUUUUCAGUAUUUCAAAACAAAUUUCCUAUUUCCCGACAGUUUACUUCCCAAGUUUUCAAAUCAUCCUGUAACUUGAAUAUACACGACAAAUUUAAAUAGCUAUUAAAUUAAUUUCUGGAACAGA